AUUGCGGCGUUUGCGCGCGAUUUAGGAGAGGAAUGUUCUUGUUCUAUAGCGAUUGUGAAAAUAGAGGGGAUGCGGUCGCUUAUUUAUACAAAAGUACAGGUGUGGGGCGUAUGCUUCAUAUGCCGUGUAUAGUGAUCACUGAUCAGUAGUGAUUCGCUGCUUAAGCUUGUAUCUUCUCCGGUUAAUUUUGGAUUUUCAAGCUUAAUUGUUUAUUAUUUAAUUGAAUUUUAGCGCGUAAUGCUACUAAACAUUAUGUUAACUUGAUUUGACUAUUAAAAAAAACGUCAUCGUCGCAGUGAAAAAAAAAGUUAUUUUAUUUUGAUAAUUGUUUGCAUAAAAAAUUAUCAUGAAAGCCAUGGUCAUAAGUCCAUCAGCUGGAGGUCGUGUUCCACCUUCAUCAAGAGGUGUUUUACACAAUAGUCUUGAAAUAAAUGGGACACGACGUGAUCUCGAAGCAGAACAAGUUGCAGCUUAUUUAACAAAAUUACAAUCACUUGUUCCCGAUAUGCCAAGAAAGCGGAAACUCUCCAAAUUACAAGUUAUUCAAAGAGUAAUUGAAUAUAUUUGUAUUUUACAAACAACAUUAGAAGAAACAAGUAAUGUUCACAAACAGGAAUGUCUUCAUUCCAUUAUGGACCAUCAGUGAAAAUUUGACAAUUUUUGUCAAAAAAAAAACAUUUGUGCAGUUUUUUUUU